CAGUUGUAAACCUUCGUUCCAACGUUCAAACACGUAGAAGCAAGAAGCAUUCUAGAGAGAGAAAGCUUUAGAGCGAGAAACAAAACCGAUCAUCCUCCUCCUCCUCCUCCUCGCAUUCUCUCCAUGGAAUUGAAGAUGGUGAUGAUUGAUGAGUACUUUCUGGGAGGAAUUGUUGCUUCUCUGUUAGGGUUUGUUCUUCUGUACACUACUUCAAGAAGGAAAUUGAUGAAAAGCAGAGUUUCAAUGGAGAUCCGAAAAGAUGAUCAAUGUGUUAAGAGUUCUGAAAAUGGUGGACGCCCGCCGCAGACUGCCGCCGGAAGUAAUGACGUCAUCAUCGUCGGUGCCGGUGUCGCCGGUUCUGCCCUUGCUUACACUCUCGGAAAAGAUGGACGCAACGUACAUGUUAUCGAAAGAGAUUUGAGUGAACCAGACAGAAUUGUUGGUGAGCUUCUUCAGCCCGGAGGCUAUCUCAAAUUAAUUGAGUUAGGUCUUGAGGAUUGUGUGAAUGAGAUUGAUGCUCAAAGAGUGUUUGGAUAUGCUCUCUAUAAGGAUGGGAAAGAUACUACACUGUCUUAUCCCUUGGAGAAAUUCCACUCCGACGUUGCCGGAAGAAGCUUUCACAACGGGCGUUUCAUACAACGAAUGCGGGAGAAAGCUUCAACUCUUCCAAAUGUAAGACUGGAGCAAGGAACAGUAACAUCUCUGUUUGAAGAAAAAGGAACCAUCAAAGGGGUGCAAUAUAAGACCAAGGAUGGCCAAGAAAUGACAGCAUACGCUCCUCUCACAAUUGUUUGUGAUGGUUGUUUUUCAAAUUUGCGACGCACUCUCUGCAAUCCUAAGGUGGAAGUGCCUUCCUGUUUCGUUGGUUUGGUCCUAGAAAAUUGUCAGCUUCCUCAUGUAAAUCAUGGGCAUGUUAUACUAGCAGACCCUUCGCCCAUCUUGUUCUAUCAAAUCAGCACCACCGAGACUCGCUGUUUGGUUGAUGUGCCUGGACAGAAGGUGCCUUCCGUUUCUAAUGGUGAAAUGGCACAAUAUCUGAAGACUGCGGUGGCUCCUCAGAUUCCCCCCGAGCUAUAUAAUGCCUUCAUAGCAGCAAUUGACAAAGGAAAUAUAAGAACAAUGCCGAAUAGAAGCAUGCCAGCUGAUCCCCAUCCCACUCCGGGUGCACUUUUAAUGGGGGACGCAUUCAACAUGCGACAUCCGUUAACAGGAGGAGGAAUGACGGUAGCUCUAUCAGAUAUUGUUGUACUUCGAGAUCUUCUUAGACCUCUCCAUGAUCUGAAUGAUGCGCCUACCCUAUGCAAAUAUCUCGAGUCCUUCUACACCCUGCGUAAACCGGUUGCAUCUACUAUAAAUACAUUGGCGGGUGCCUUGUACAAAGUUUUUUGUGCAUCACCUGACCCAGCGAGGAAAGCAAUGCGCGAAGCAUGUUUCAAUUAUCUGAGCCUCGGAGGCAUUUGUUCAAAUGGACCGGUGGCUCUACUUUCCGGUCUGAACCCCCGCCCAUUGAGCUUGGUUCUCCAUUUCUUCGCUGUGGCUGUCUAUGGCGUUGGCCGCUUAUUCAUUCCAUUUCCUUCACCAAAACGAGUGUGGCUAGGAGCCAGAUUGAUUUCGGGUGCAUCUGGUAUCAUUUUCCCCAUUAUAAGGGCCGAAGGAGUGAGACAAAUGUUCUUCCCCGGGACUGUUCCAGCAUAUUACAGAGCACCUCCUGUUUAUUGAGUUAGUAAAAUAUACUAGUAAUCAAGAAAGAAAUAGUUUAUACAGUAUUUGGUCCUCCAUUUUAAAAAAAAAUUGUUAAGGUGGAGAUCCAGCUUCACUAAGGAUGGGAUGUUGUCGCGCAUCGGCUGUAUUUUAGAUUCAUAAGUUUGUUCUUUAACUUGGAAUAUGUUUUCCUAUUGAAUUUGAACUGUAUAUUUCUUCAAGGAAAAUAAAAUUUUAAUGUAUUCCAUUAUAA